AUGGGACCCGAGAGCACCAUCAGAACGUGCUGCAGUAUGCAGCUAACAUGCAUUGUUCUUUUCCUGGGAAUAUUUGGCAUCCAAACUAUGUAUUGCCACGGUCAAAUUGAUCCAUUGGCUCUUGGACGUGCAGAUCCUCAGUGCUGGGAGACAUCAACUGCCAUCCUUCUAGAAAUGAAAAAGCCACGCAUUGCAGACAGUGUGUCUGGUUUCUGGGACUUUAUGAUUUAUCUUAAAUCAUCUGAGAACUUUAAGCAUGGAGUUCUGUUCUGGGACCUGGCACAACUUUUUUGGGACAUCUAUGUUGACUGUGUGCUCUCCAGAACCCAUGGCCUCGGUAGAAGACAACUAGAUGAAGAGGAGAAAAAAAUAACCAAUAUGAUAUCACAAUUCACAUCAAGUAAGGCUGAUCUGACGUAUCAACAGAAGUCAAAAUUUUAA